AUGGCCUUUCGCUCGAGCUUCUCUGAUUUAGAACAAACGUCAAAGUGUUUAACAGCGCACGAGCGGGAUCGCUUGGAUUCUGCGGACACCUGUGCGUGCCCGACAACUGCUGAGCUCAGUAAGGCAGUGUCAGUGUCCUUGGGUUUGGAUUCGGUGUCUUCUCCGCUCAACAACAUGAACCAGUGCUCCGGCGGCAGCGGCGCCUUUGCAGACUUCGACCCCACUGUGGAGAGUAGUUCCCGAGGAGCGCAGGAGUUGAGUGGGGCUCAUAUGGUGAGCUCAGGGGGCAUCCGUCUUCUACUUAAUGACGCUAAUCCGAGAGAAGACGACUUUGGAGAAGUGUGCCAUGACAUCCAGCAGGUGAGCUGCAUGGAUCUGCUCAAAUCAGGUGAAAUGGACAGCGCGCAAAGCGUGACGCGCGGCCCGGUGAUAUCCAGAUAUGUCUGCAAGCAAUCAAACUUGUUCGUGAGCCCCGUGGAAGAGCUGCCCGCGCCCUCUCAGGUGGACGAGCUCUCACCUUUAAAACCAUACUCUGCGUACUCUGCCAAUCCAAACCUAUACAGGGAUACGUCGGGUGUGUGGUGCGCGUACAGCAGCCGAUCCGAGCCAGAAAGAGGCGGAUCUGGCGGGCAUAAUUUGUUGUGUAAAUACUGUAAUUGUGGGCAAGCCUCUCAUGGAUCCAGGCAGGAAUGCCACUGUGCGUGGUACAGCAGCGGGGAGCAGGGUGGGAAAGGUGGCAUGCGAGCAGCGAUGGCACAGGGGUAUGGCCAAGUGGAAAGUUACCCAAGCGCAGUUCCUCAAGGGCAGGCCGCCACUCUGUCCGCUAUCAAGACCGAAUCUUCAGUCUGGGUGGAAUGCACGGAUCGCACGUUCAGGCAUGAGGAUUUGUUUCCAGGUGUGUAUCUGUCUGACAGGAGAGUGUGUCAGGUGUGCGGCGACGAUGCCUCGGGUUGCCACUACGGAGCCGUAACCUGCGGCAGCUGCAAAGUAUUCUUCAAAAGGGCUGCUGCAGGUAAGCAGAACCACCUGUGUGCCAGCCGUAACGACUGCACCAUCGACAAGCUGAGGAGGAAAAACUGCGCCUCGUGCCGCCUGAAGAGAUGCUUCAUGUCGGGAAUGAGCCUUAAAGGUCGCAGGCUGAAGGGAGCUGGACAGUCAAGGAACGGAGAGGAGGAGCAACCUCUGGGUCCCUGGGGGCCCGUUGAACAAGGAGAAAGGCCUGGGAGGAGAGAUGUAAUCUUGGAGCCUGGAAGUGCAGCUGCCAGGGCUCAAAGAGAAUCCCAUGCCAUGGCUCUCGGCGUCCCCACGCCCCUGCGCUCCUGCCUCUCCCUGCUCAGCAUCUUGCAGGCCAUUGAGCCAGCUGUGGUCAAUGCCGGGCACGACCACGCGCAGCCAGACAGCCCCGCGUCCUUGCUCACCAGCCUCAAUGAGCUUGGGGAAAGACAACUGGUAACCGUGGUGCGUUGGGCCAAGGCCAUUCCAGGUUUCCGUGACCUGCACGUGGAUGAUCAGAUGACAGUGAUCCAGUUGUCAUGGAUGGGGGUGAUGGUGUUCGCCUUGGGCUGGAGGUCCUACACACUCACUAACAGCUCCUUGCUCUACUUUGCUCCAGAUCUGGUCUUCAAUGACCAACGGAUGCAAGUGUCCAGUAUGUAUGAACACUGUGUGAGAAUGAAGCUGCUCUCCCAAAGGUUCUGCAUGCUGAAGGUCACUCAGGAGGAGUUCCUCUGCAUGAAGGCCCUGGUCCUCUUCAGCAUCAUGCCAGUGGAGGGCCUGAAGAACCAGCGUUGUUUUGAUGAACUGCGGACCUCCUACAUCAAGGAGCUGGACCGCUUGGCCAGCCACCACGGAGAGACCACCCGUACACAGAGAGUGUUUCAGCUCACACAGCUGCUGGACUACCUCCAGUCGAUUGUGAGGAAGUUACACCAGUUCACCUAUGAUCUGUUCGUCCAAGCUCAGUCCCUCCAGACACGUGUCAACUUCCCAGAGAUGAUCUCGGAGAUUGUGAGUGUCCAUGUGCCCAAGAUCCUCUCAGGCAUGGUCAAACCCAUCCUUUUCCACGAUACAGCCUAGAGAGGAGCCUCUUUGAUUGUCCUAUAUGGCACUUGAGCUCCGGGCAUCCAGUCCCAGACCAUUUCUGGUAAAGCUGAAGCAGCAAAAUUGGGUUUAUGAUUUCAUGAGGUGAAAUAAGCCCCUUUUUACCUACAAGGUGAGAGUGAGGUUAUGAAGGGCAUACAGCACAUUCUUCCAAUCUAAUUGCAUCUACUCUGUUCUUCUUACUGCCUGUUAUCUGUAUCACACACAACAAAUGUUUCUGGAGCUGAUUUAAAACACUUUUUAGCAUGCAUUCCUCCACACAAACUCAUGAAAAGCUAACCACCUGGCAUGUAGACUUCUUCAUAUUUACAGCCAACAGCGGGCAAUAUUUCAUUUUCGGGAGGUGAGACAGUUCACGUUUGCAGAGUUCACAUCACCAUAGCUUGUCUGUGUGCAGUGGUAUGACAUUUGGCUUUUUUAACAAUGACUCUUAUUGUGCGCGCCUGGGAUGAACACAGUUGAUUGACAGUUAAUAAACGGUUGUGGCAUGCAUGCUAAGAAGCAAAGCUGUCUCGCCUGAAUUUAAAAACAUUUCCGACAGCCGUUCUCAUCCAUAGAAAUAAUAGUCGACUAAUGGUUUUAGGUGUCGACAAAACAAAUACAGUUUUAAACCGCAAGCGACUGCAUCAGUGCAAAUUUCAAAUGUAUAUUUAUGAAUCUGUGAUAUCAAAAGGUCACACCGGAGAAAAUAACUGGACAGAAUGCUCAGGGUGACUUUUUUUUUUUUUUUUUUUUUAAGUUUGCUUGUUUUUGAAUGUCAAAAUGUUAUUCCAGUACAAUUUUUUCCAGAGUGGACAUUUCAUACUGUUGUAACUUUUCUACUGUUUCUCAAAAAGUGUUCUUUGCAAGUGCUUUGUAGUGUGUCAUCAUGUAUUCAUUGUAGCUUCUGACAUUUUUGCUAAACGUUAAAGGUCCAGCCAAGAAUCCGCCCAUUUGUUGCAGCACUUACAGCUUAACAUGUAAUAAAGAUCUCAAGCAUGA